GCUCAUUUCAUCAAGGAAUCAUGGUCCACUCCUACGGUUUGAAGAGCGGCACCCGCCAUUUGUUUGCGAAGAAGUUCCGCAAGCAUGGCAUGCCCUCCGUCUCGACCAUCCUCACGAAUGUGAAGGUCGGGGAUUACGUCGACGUCGUCGCGGACGCCGCGGUGCGGGAGGGGAUGCCCCACAAAUACUACCACGGCCGCACCGGCAUCGUCUGGAACGUCACCCCCCGCGGUGUGGGCGUGAUUGUCAACAAACCCGUCCGCACCCGCACCCUGCGCAAGCGGAUUUGCGUGCGCUUUGAGCACAUUCGCAAGUCCCGCUGCCAGGAGGCCUUUAAGCAGAAGGAGCGCGACUUCCGCGCGUUUCGGGCCGCCCAAAAGGCCGGCAAGCCUCUCCCGGAGCCGAAGAAAAGCACCCGCAUGGGCGGGUUUGUGCGGCCGAAGAACGUCGAGGUGCUCGCACGCCGUGUUUCCGACUACGAUGCCUAUAUGCCCUACUAAAGGAAUGGCGCGUAUCGCACUGAGCAAGACGAAAGCGAAUGGGUAUCUACACAUGCAUCACGUAGGACAUGGAAGUUGCUGCCAUGAAAGAACUGAGCGAUGACUUUUCCUUAUCUAAUGAUGGGUUAUUUUUACUUUAGUGUUAUUAAACAACAACAACAAGAUGGUCAUGUAGGAUAGGUGAAAA